UCCAAGUGAGGGAACAAGAGGAAAAACUGAUUUUUGACUGGAGGGGGGCUUUAUGAGAUUUAUAUAGACAAGAGACACAAAAUUAAAGUCCUGAAGUUUGGUUUUGAUUGGUGUGUGAACAUGCUUUGCCACGUUUUUGCUUCUAACUUUAACAAAAAUCAAAAAAGUAUCAUACAGGCUACAUCAGGACAACAGGUGAAUGUAAGGUAAUCUUGAUUCUUUGAAGAAGAAGAAGAAGAAGAAGAGGAAGAGAAGUUGGCUGUUAACACCUUGGUGUAAGGUUGCUGCUGUCCUUAUAUUCACUCACCAUUAUCACAACAGCAUAGACAGAGGAUUAUAGUGCAUUGUUGAGUGAUAAAAGCGGUGUUUUUUAUGAGGUCCAAUAGCAACAGAUAAAUAUAGGAUAAAUAUAGAGGUGAGUGCACGUGCCUGUACCAAACUGGCCUCUCAGAAAACUAAAGCUGACUUCCUGACAUUAAGCUGUUGAAGAAUUGGUGCACUGAAAAUGAAAUCAGGAGGAUUUUCUCGGAAGGAAUAGCCUAGAAGUAUAAACAUAUGAUAAUAUAAUGCAAUGCAUCACAACAAAAUGCACCCUAAAAAUAAUAAUAGACAUGAAUCAAAUAUCUCAGACACAGACUGAACAACAACAACACAAAAGCAACAUGUGCUGGAUUGAAUUAUACUUUGUGCUCCACUAAAACAUGAAAACAGGGUGGAAAAGAAUUGUUAAUUUUCUGAUGGUCAACAGCUGGACUUCAAUCUUUAAUCUUUACUCACCCUCGUCUUAAAUAUUUUAUCAUUUCAUCACUGCUCUCCUCGAAGUAUCACGUUCAGCCAACCUGUUGAUCAAUUCUCAUAACUUUUCUCUCUUUUCUUUUUUUCCCCUUUCAUUUCUUUCUUUCUUUCUUUCCUUUUUUUACGCGCGGAGCUGCUAAUGACGCAGUCAAGUGUCAGCGCGCGAGGAGGGUGUGUGACACCAGCCUUCAUAUUUCUCUGACGUGAGACGGAAACUGUCAGAAGAGCAAGAAGUCAAGCGAACAGAACCAAAAAGAAAGAAAGAAAGGCCAACGAGAGGGAGAUGAGGUCCAUCCAGUGCCAAAGCCAGCCUGCGCAGCGCGGAGCCUCCAGCAGCCUGUCCAGCCUCAGCAGCAGCGCCAUGAGUCCACUCAGCACGGCCAGCAUCACUCUCGCAGCCCUUCUCAUCCUAACCAUCCCAGUCUGCAAAAGUGCUCCAGCAGAACUUCAGCAAGCCACAACAGAUCAGAGGCAGCUACUCAGCCAGAUAGACGCUAUGUGCUCAUCCUACCUCCCUGCAGACCUGAAGUUUUUGGCAUCUGAUGUCUUAGGAGAACUCUGUGUCUUGAUGCUGGUUCAGAAGUUAAAGGAGAUGACAGUGCAAGAAAAUAGUAAAAGGACCCCUCUGUCGCACCCCCUCCUGCAUCUAGCUUCUCAACUCCAUACCAGAAGAGAGAGAGGACUCUCAAUGCGCGCUGAACUCCAGGGACCUGGGGGAAUCCAGAGCAGAGGUUACUUCCUCUAUCGACCACGAAAUGGAAGAAGAUCCUUAGAAUAUGAGUAAAUUAAAGUCUCCACCUCUGAAGCUUAGUGUACAGAGACGACACAGACCCCCGAGCCGCUGCACUACGACUGAGUGAUCCAGACGUCGACCACAGUCCUCUGCCACUGCUGUAUAGUGAUGUUUGAAUGUACACAAAGAAUAUAAUUAAAAUACUGUUCAUUUGUCCAGAUUUUAUUUUGUGUUAUAUGUGUGUCAUUUGCAU